AUGACAUCUGAAAUAAAAGAAAACGAGAUUGAUACUAGCAAUGAAGGAGUUACACACCUCGAGUUUGUAGGAGAUAGGGCAUCAGAUUACGACUACGAACUAUCCGUCUCUGGUGAGAAUAUUACCCUUUUGGAAAAUUUUUUAGAGUUGGCAUGUAAUAAACAGAAAACAUCUUAUACUUCAAGCCUAAGAAGUCUCAAAAUUAUGUAUUAUUCUAGACUCUCGGAUAAUAAAAUUCUCUGUGUUCUACGCUCAUACCCAAAUAUAACCAGUUUAAAUUUUGAACAAAUCAAUUUAGUACAGUAUUUAUGGUUAACUUAUGCGAAUCUCGAAGAUAUUGUACAAUACUGCAAAGACAAGAUUAAAGAUGAACAUUAUCAAAAGUCAAUUGUGGAAUUGGAACGGGAUAUGAGAGGUAUGGCUAAAAGAUUCGGUUUGAUGGUAAGAAUAUAUGGGUUUAAAGAGAAAAUUAAUUAUCAACUGACAAACCCAGAAUUAGAUACUAAUUAUGCCAUUACCGAGUUUAUUCCACACGAUAUAAAAUAUAGAG